AUGGACGCCCUUCCGUCGCUCGCGGUGAAAAAGAUGCCGCUGAAGCACGCGGGCGCCCAUCAGCGCGUGCACGACAGCGCGCGAUCCUCCGGCGCGCGCCUGCCGCUGUCGCCGCUGUCCGUGAACACGAAGACCGCGUUCAACGACCGCGGCGGCGCACGAAAGGGCGACCAGAAGUCUCGGUUCUCGCAGCUCGCCGCGGCGGUGAACAAGAAGCCGUCGACGUCCGCCGCGGUCGUCUCGAAGCCGGUCGUCGCGUCGACCGCGCGGCCGAUCGCGCCGCCGCCCGCGAGGGCUACUAGGACGGCGCCCGCGCCCGCGCCCGCCGCGGACGCGCCCAUCGCGCCCGCGUCGUCGCUCGACCUCACCCCCGUCGCGGCCUCCUCCCCGGCGCCGAUGGAGAUGGACGACGACGACGUCGCGUUCGGCGCGCAGGAGUCGUUCGCCGAGUGGCUCGCGCGCGUCCGCCUGCGCGGUCCCCGCGAUCCCCCGGGGGGCGCCGACGCGACGCGAAUCUCGGAGACGCAACGCGCGACGCUCGAGUCCACGUGGGCGAACGCCGCGGAGGCGGACGCGCUGCGACGGCUCGUGGAGAACCUGAAGGACAGCGAGCUCGAGAUGGCGAGGAAAGAGACGCUCGCCGCGAGCGGCUGGGCCGCCGACUUUGAGGCGGCGACGGCGGCGGCGUGGAGCGAAAAAGUGGACGCCGCCGCGCGCGCCGCGAGCGACGCGCGAAAGGCGCUCGGCGAGAAGGAACGCGAGACCGCCGACGCGGAGGCGGCGGCGUCGAGCGAGCGCUGCGCGGCGCUCGCGGCGAGCGUUGAGACGGGCGCGCUGCGAGGGAAGCUUCAAGAGGCGAUGCUGCUCGCGGAGAGCGGCGCGUCGAGGGCGGCGACGCUCGAGGCGAAGCUCGCGGAGAUUUCGGCGGACGCGGAGGACGCGCGGGAGGCGCUCGAGAGAAAGCGCUCUGAGGCGCAGCGCGCGAACGCGGCGGAAUACGAGGCGCUCGCGAAACUCGCCGCGGUCGAGACGGCGCGCGCGAGGGACCGCGUCGCGCACGAGAAGGCGCUGGCCGCGGCGAGGGAGGGCGAGGCGAAGGCGCGAAUUCGCGCCGACGCCGACGCCGACGCGUUUUCAGCGGACGCCGCCGACGGCGCGCGCGCGCUGAAAGCCGCGCUCGCGCUUCGCGAGCGAGAGGUCGCGGACGCUCGCGCGAGCGCGGCGGAGGCGCAGUGCGCGGCGCGCGCGCUGGAGGAGAAGGUCGCGGCGCUCGAGAGGACGGCGAGGGACGAAUUGAAGGAGGCGCUCUCGCGCGCGACGAAAAAGAUGGAAUCCAAACUCGCGUCGGCGACGCGGCGCGUCGAAGCCGCGGAAGCCGCGGAGGCGGUGGCGGAAGAGGAGCUCGCGAAGACGCAGCAGGAGGCGAAAGCCGCCGUCGCCGCGGCGGAGGCGAAAGCCGCGGCGGCGGUCGCGCGCGCGACGUCCGCGUCCGCGUCCGCCGCGAGCGUCGUCGUCGACGACGCGAAGACGCGCGAGCUCGAAGCCGCGCUGUUGCGAGAAACCGCCGCGACGGAGGACGCGACGCGCCGCGCGACGGCGGCGGAGGCGGAGGCGAAGGCGCUGCGGCGAGAGCUCGACGAGGCGAGAGCGGCGGCGUCGCAGGCGGCGGGGAACGUAGCGGAGGCGAUCGCCGCGGUGCGCGCGGCGGCGGGCGGCGGCGGCGGCGGCGGCGCGGCCGGAGGGGUGAAGCUGGACAUCCACGUGCACGCCGCGGGCGCGGCGGCGGCGGCGGCGGCGGAGACGGAGUUUGAACGGCCCUUUUUCUCGGCGGACCGGUUCGCGCGCGUCGUCGAGGAGAAGCGCGCGCUCGAGCUCGAGCUCGCGGCGCUCCGCGGGACGCCCGUCGCGGCGCUCGCGCUCACCGGGCUGCCGACGCUGCCGACGCCGAGGACGCGCGCGAGGACGUCGCUGCGUCUGAGCCACGGCCCGGCGCCGGCGGCGCUCUCGGAGGACGCGUCGCCGCCGGCGCAUUCGCCCGCGACGGAGCUGCGACGACGCGCGAGGGCGAUGGGGAUGCGCGCGAGCCCGUUCGCGCCGAAGCGGAAGCGCGACGGGAAGUGA